AUGGACACACUGAUGGAUAGAGUCAGCGAUGAUCCGGAACGUGAGUUUGAAGUCUUUUACGCCCCCCUCCAGCAUCGACUUUGCUGUUUUGGCCACGUCACCAACCUGGCCGUAAUGGAGUUCCUCAUAGGUAAGCGUCCGCGCGCGACCGAAUCCUAUUACGGCCCCUCCGAAGACGAGAUAGAAAGUAGGGGAGGCGAGGAGCGAUAG